CUUUCAUUGCUCUGAUUGGAUGGUCUAUUGAACUUCGAUCAUUGUGAAAUUUGACAGAAAAAUUAUUUGAUACUCCUGACAUGUUAAGUGUUCGUGGUUUUCACCGGUCAAAUACGAGUAUAAAAAUACUCCCAAAUUAUUGCCUCUUCACUCCUUUUGUCACGGAAGUCAAUGGAGAAAUAGUAAGGUUAUUGACUCUGGAAUUGCAGCCCAGCCAAGCAUUGUUGACCUGAGGAGGAACCCAAUUUGAGUCUUCCAUUUCUUCGUUUUGUGAUCCCCAUGUCUUCUCUCAUCCCUUCACUCUUAUCUUCCUUCAUCGUCUCAUUCUAUCGAUUGAUUGCCAGUCCAAAUCCUGUGUGCUAAGCACAUAUUCCAUCAUGUAUCAAUCCGAGGAAUCGUGCCGUUGCUUUUCACUCGUUGAGAUUCAAUUGGCGACCAACAACUUCGAUAAUGCUUUGGUCAUUGGGAAAGGCGGAUUCGGUAAGGUGUUUAAAGGAUUCAUUGACGGUGGAGCUACCACUGUCGCCAUUAAGCGAUCGAAUGCAGAGUCCAAACAAGGGGCAGCAGAGUUUUGGACUGAGAUCAAGACGCUUUCCAAUCUCCAGCACAGACAUCUCGUGACUCUGAUUGGCUACUCUAAUGAUUGCGAGGAGAUGAUACUUGUUUACGAAUACAUGGUCAAUGGGACGCUUGUUGAUCAUCUCUACAAAAAUAGUAGGAAAGGGAAUGGGAAUGAAAUUUAUCGGCUUACAUGGGAGGAUAGGCUCGAGAUUUGUAUUAGUGCCGCCCAAGGAUUGGACUACCUUCAUACGAAUACUGAGCAAGCUGUCAUACAUAGAGACGUGAAGAGCACAAACAUUCUAUUGGACGAGAAUUGGGUAGCUAAGAUUUCAGAUUUUGGGUUGUCGAAAAUGGUAAACAGAAGCCAUUCACAAACCCAUGUUAGUACAGAUGUUAAAGGCACAUUUGGUUAUUUAGAUCCAGCGUAUUUCUUGACCCGCACUACGCCAAAAUAG